AUGACGAAAUUUAUUCAAAUAACACAUAUGGAUCAAAAAUCAAAUAUAAAUUUAUUUCAUCCAGCAUUAAUUAAUUUAACUACACAUUUAUUUUAUAAUAUUAUUGAACAUAGAAUUAAUGCACAAAAUUUUAAAUGUUUAGGAUUACAAUCUAUUGAUUAUGAACAAAAAGAAAAUCAAAUUGAAGUUGUAUUACAAUUUGAUAUUAUUUCAUCAUCAUCAUCAUCGUCUACAUCAAGAAAUAACUCCUUAGGGAAUAAUAAUAAUAAUAAUACGUAUACAGAAUGUGAUUAUACAAAUCUGUUUGGUGAUAAAUUAGCAGGACAAAUAACUUCAAAUGAAAGAAAAUCUCCGUUCGUAACAAUUGUGGUUUGUUGCUGUAUACUGACAACAUUUUUUCUAUUGGUUCUUUUUCUCCGAUGUCGGAGUUUCAUUCGACGUAAACAAUUAUUGAAAAGAAGAAGAAAUCCUAAAUACUUAUAUUGUUCUAAAUAUCCUAAAUCAAAACCAAUUAAUCAUUGUUAUAUUAAAGCUAAUAAUUCAUGUUAUUGGUCACCAACUAAACCUAAACAUAGUCAUUCAUUUUCAAUAUGGUCUGAAAGUCAACCAUUAAAAUAUCAUCCAAAUAAACAUCGAAUAUCUUCUACUUCAUCAUUGAAUCAAUCUAAUUUCAUGAUGAAUUCAUCACAAUCUCAUUUUUAUCCAAAUAAUCAUUUUAUAAAAGAUUCCAAGUUUAUUCCUCGUCAAUCUAAUUCAUCAAAUAAUGUAAUUAAUAAUAAUAAUAAUGAACGUAAUUUUAUGAAGUAUAAUUAUCAUCAACAUGAUGAAAUAUAUGGAAUGAGAAAUCAUAUGAAUAUUGGUUAUUUAGAAUAUAAUAAACGAAUAAAUAAUGCCAAAUCAACAAUGUUACCAAAUGCUCAAAGGUUAAUAGUGCCAUCAAAACAAUCAAAUCCUUCAGCUAUAGGAAAUCAAUCAAUGUUUUUCAAUUCACAAAAAAUAACAAAUGAAAUUGAUAUUACAGAUUCUGAAACUCCUACCACUGAAUUUACUGAAAGUUCAAAAUCACAUAAAAGUAUAUCACAGAUUAAUGUAUAUCGAAAAGGUAGAAGUUUAAGUCCAGCUGAUAUAACUAAUUUCAAAGAAUCAAAAUUUCAUUUCAGUUCAAAACCACGUUUUUCAUUAGCUGAAUCUGAUGAAAUGAAUAAUCAACCUAUUGAAAAUAGUCAAUCGUCUGGUUUUCGUGAUGUGAUUAUUGACUGUAGUUCACUGGAAAGUGCUAUCAGUUAUCCAGUACAAAACUCUUGUUCACAUUUAAAUGACAAUAAAAAUCUAGACAGUUCAUUAGAGAGUCGAAGUUUGAUGUCAGUUUACCUAAAUGAUGUUGCACAAAAAAAUCGAAUUAUCACUCCUACAGUUACGAUUACUACUACCAACAUCAAUAAUACUGUUAGUGAAAAUAACACUAGUACUAUUCAUAAUAUCUCUAUGGAUAAUAGUAAUUAUAACAAUGUUAUCACAUUAUCCCCAUUAAAUCUUCCAAAAAUUGACACAGGUAUUCUCAAUGAUGAAUUAUACAAUAGUGAAAAAAUGAAUUCAUUUGAAAGUAAUCAAUUGACCUAUUCUGCCAAUACUGAUCAUAAUCAUAUGGAUCAGCAUAAUCAUUUCACUAAUGACUUCCAAUUACCAGUGAUUAAAGAAAAACCUAAACGUCCAGUUCUAUGCUUAUUUAGUGCUAAUAAAUAUAAUCAAAAAAGACAUCUUAAACGUAAUAAUUCAAUCAGUAAUGAUGAUAGUAAUGAUGAUAAUAAUGUUGAUGAUGACAACAAUAAUGGUAAUAUUCAUGAUACUAAACAAGAUAUUGAUGUAAGACGUUUACGUCAAGGUACAAAUAUUUCCACUACAAAAUUAUCAGUUAAUAAUCAAAUUAAUAGAAUUAUUGGAAGUAGUAAUAAUAUCAAUAAUAAUGAUAAUAUUUGUAAUCAUAAUUUAAAUUUAUUAUUAUGUAAUACAAAUGAAUGUAAAAGUUGUGUAAAUUUACAAGCAUAUGAAUUAUCCCAAGAUCGUUAUCGUAAUCCAAGUAGUGGAUCAACUGUUAGUCAAAUACCAAGAUCUGAUUUACCAGAUGUUUACCUGAAUCCACCAUCAAUGUCGACUCUACAGUCUCAACGGAGCAGUUUAUGUGGCAGAAGUAGGAUGGAAUUGUUAUAUGUGGAUAAUGAACUAGAUAGAACCAACAAUGCUAGAUGCAAAAUUAGUAAAAAUGGAAUAAUCAGUGCAUCAAACUUGGGCGAAAAUUUAUCAGACGUGAUUGGCUCUGAUCACCGUUUCUCUGUGCAGCAUACAAAUGGAGCUAGUGACAACUGGAGCUUGGUCGAUGAGUUGGUUAUUUUUCCUAAACCACAAACUCUUGGAUUGGUACGUAAUCAAACAUUUAAUGCAAGAAACACAUAUCAUCAACCAUUACCUCAAUCAUCUUCAAAUUUGGCGCCAUCCUUUUUUAAACCAUAUCAGCUAACCGAUGAUAAUUUCGGUAAUUUACCAGUUAAAGAUAAAGAGCAUCACAUUAGUAUACAACAACAACUUAGAAGGGCAUUAAGUUUAUCAUCUAGACGUAAGUCACCUCGUUCAUUGAAUGAAGAAAUUCAAUCAAUCAUGGAUAAACACUACGAAAUGACAGGAAUUAGAAUGACAAUUGGUAGUGGAUCGUCACAGAAGAAUUCAACGACUACCAAGUCAUAUAUAAAUUUAUUUGGAUUGCAGACAGGCAAUAAGACCCAACCAUCUAGACCAAGAAAACGUCGAUGUAGUUGGACAUUUACUAAAGAUAUUACUAAUGAAUUUCAAACAAGUUUAAAAAAUGUUUCAAGUGUAUUACAUUUAGAUUGUCCUACAUUUGAUUUAUUUCAAAAAUUUAAACAUAAUCGUGAUAAACCAUCUGUACUUGAAUCAUUAUCUAUGACUGCAUUACCAUGUCUUAUUCCAUUAAGACCACGUAUUCAUUCGGAUAUAACUAAUGAUAUGACUUCUAUUAAUGAAGAAUUAAUUAAUAAACAAUCGAAAUAUAAAUUUCAUUCUGAUUUCUAUAAUAUUAAAUUAAUUAAUUUUAAACGAAAUAGUAUGGGAACAAAUGAUAAAAGUGUCAUCUUAUUUGGAAUACAAAAAAAUAAUAAUAUUAGACUUGUUAAAAGUAAUUGGAAUUUAACUAAUCUAUAAUUAAUGACACGAUAUUGAAAUUCAUUACAAUUUGCAGUAUACUAUGUAGAGAUUCCCCCUUUAUUGUUUUGUAAUACCUUAAUGAUACAAUUGUACAAAAAUCUAUCAAUGUUUUAUGAAUGAUAUUACUUUCAUAUGAAUGAUGUUAUUCCUUAACUUAUUCAUCAAUUCUAUGAUCCAUUAUAUUAGAUUGUUAUACAGUGCGAUAUUCAUCAUUAUAUCUUGUCAUA